AUGGCCUCUGAACUGAAAGACGCCAUUGCCAAGAUCCUUGCUGCCGGCCAAAAAGCAGGCAAGAAGACAGGAGUAUACUGUACAGGAGGAGAGCAGGCGAAGGUCUAUGCCGAUAUGGGAUUUGAUAUGAUGAACGUGGUGACAGACUACACAUCGUUGGCCUUGGUGGCCAAAGAGCAGCUCAGCUUUGCAGAUGGAAGCUCUGCGCCGACCAGGGGUAAAGGGUAUUAG